UAACAAAAUCCCACAAACUUUCUUGCCUUGAAGAGCUCAAACAAGCUUUCCCAUCCAAACUAUCAAACCAAAACAAUGACACAGAGCUAGACGACGAAUCAUUUCAGGAAUUGGUUGAUAAGCGAUGCGUGGACAAUGUGAGAAUGCUUAUUGUUGAUUCGGUGCAACAUGCCAAGGCUGGCCACCCUGGUAUGGCGCUUGGAAUGGCUGAAGUGGGUUAUGUGCUAUAUAGGCAUGUCAUGAGGUACAAUCCCAGAAACCCCAAAUGGUUUAAUAGGGACAGGUUUGUUUUGAGUGCUGGCCAUGGUUGCUUGCUUCAGUAUGUUUGCCUUCACAUCGCUGGUUUUCAAUCAGUUCAGUUGCAAGAUCAACAACGCUUGUGUAAGCUUGGGAGUCGGACCCCAGGUCACCCUGAGAAUGUGGUGACAGAUGGCAUUGAAGUGACAACGGGCCCCCUUGGACAAGGUGUAGCUAAUGCUGUCGGUCUAGCCUUAGCAGAAGCUCACUUAGCAGCAAGAUUCAACAAACCUGAUGCUAUUCUUGUUGACCAUCGGACAUAUUGCAUCAUGGGUGAUGGUUGUGCAAUGGAAGGCAUAUCUCAUGAAGCUGCAUCCUUGGCUGCUCAUUGGAAGCUUAAUAAGCUUACACUAAUAUAUGAUGAUAAUCAUAAUACCAUUGAUGGACCGACAACCUUAGCAUUGUCUGAAGAUAUAUCUACUCGAUUCAAGGCUCUUGGUUGGAAUACAAUCACUGUGGAGAACAUACACAGUAAUAUGAAUUCAUUCAAGGAUGCCCUCUGUUCUGCUUUCAGUGAAAAUGAGAAACCGACUUUCAUCAGGGUGAAGACACUAAUAGGAAAAUUGUCCGGGAAGGAAGGAACAUCGAAAGCUCAUCAUGGUACCUUCGACGAAGAUGAUAUGAAAAAAAUGAAACAAAAAGUUAAUUGGAGUGAUCGUGGGCCAUUCCAUGUCCUUCCUAUGGUGUAUAGGGAGUUGCAAAUUCAAACAGACCAUGGAGAAAGACUGGAGGAGGAGUGGUACUCUAAGCUUAACUACUACCAAAGUAAAUAUCCAGAAGAGUCUGUAGAAUUUAAAAUUCUCCUCAAUGGAGGUCUAGUUCCUGGCUGGGAAAGCUCAUUGCCGGUUUUUUCACACAACUUCAAAUGAGAGAAAUCACUUGAAAUGGUCUGCAUCAGAACCAGUAGAUGCUACUCGUGGCUACUCAGAGAAGUGCUUAAACCAGCUUGCCAAGGUGCUUCCAGGACUAAUCGGUGGAAGUGCAGACCUUGCAACAUCUAACAAAGCUUAUCUCCACGAUUUCAAAG